CCGUCGCCUCCGGGAGAACCGAACCUUGUUCCUAAAGGACAGGAUGUACGAAAAUAAAUCCCCUUUCUGUAGCAUCCAUCGAGCUAUUUUGAAUCAUUUUCCGGUUUGUUUGUCGAAGUGACGUCGACCACGAUAAUUCCUCGGUGAUAAGAGCGAACUCGAGAUGACAGAUAGUGUGGAAGUAGGUGACCUUAACAGUGAACGUUUUUAAUUUUGGCCGGUUUUCGGGUGAUUUAUCGGGGCUUAUAAUUGCCCUAAUGGCUUUUUAAAUUGAUUCCGCCAAGUACGUGCUCGGCGCAGCGAUUUACGGCUUCUCGGCGUCUCUUGCCGUGUGGUUUGAGUCGCGAUUUAAACGUCCCAGAAAUAAACGAAGUGUCGGGAAUAAGGAAAUUUCGGAUAAUUUGGAUUUUACUGAGUAAAUUUGUGGAGGAGGUUCGGGUAAUGAAUUGAAUGCAUAUUUCAUGCCGGGUUGUGUAAACUAAUUAUGUUAUGGGUUAAGAUGGAGUGACAGUGAUGGGUGGUUGAGAUGAAAUUAGAAUUUCAUAUUGUUGUUUGAUGACGGCGGGUGCGAAAGCGAAGCAGAGUGACAUAGGAUCAUAAUUUGCAACAAGAAGAUUGUGGGUGUUGAAAACUAGUGGCUCGCGGCGUGCCGGCUUUUGUGUGAUAAUGGUGUGACGUGAACGCAGUGGCGUAGUGCUGGCAUGGGCGUCACUCCAGGAGAGGACGCGUACAGCAUCCCGUUCUUGGCGCGUUUGCUGCACUCGCUACCUCACUUGAAUGUCACAUUCCACCAAGUCAAUAAUUCUUUCGACCCGCAGUCUCCGGUUUAUUUAGAGAGCUUGGGCAUCCUCGGCUCCAUCCCGGCGGCAUGGCUCAUCCUCACCCUCUUGGUCCUCCUCAUAUACCUCUUGACGCGCUGCUGCGACCGCAAACCUCGCCCCUCGCGCUCCAUCUCCGCCCUGAAGGUGUCGCUGGCCAUCGUAUCGGUCCUAUGCUGCGCCGCCAUCGGCCUGGGCCUCUACGGCAACGACGAUCUCCACAACGGCGUCGUCCGCCUGCUCGAGGAGGGCCGCCAGGUCGACGUCCUCGUCUCGAAGAUCCGCAACCAGACCGAGGCGAUCGAACGCCAACUGCGGGUCCAAGCUAGCUCCCAGCUGGUGCAACUGCGCGACAUCUUCGACGAGCCGGUGUCGAACAUGACCUUGUACAAACAAGCGUCAGUUUACUUAGAAAGGACGAUAAGCAACAACACCAUGGCCGCCAACGCGGCGGCGGACAUAAGGCAGCCGUUGAUCGGCUUGGACCUGAUGCCGAAGAUCCACGUCGGCGAGAAGGUGGAGGCGGUGAGGUGGCCGCUGACGAUGGCCGUCUUGAGUAUACUCCUCAUUUUGUGUGUGAUAUUGCUGGUCGGCGUGGCCCGGCACAGCAGAUGCGCUCUGAUAGCGUUCUCAGUGUGCGGCCUCUUGGCUGUCAUAGCUUCAUAUUUAAUGGCGAGCGUAUAUCUCGCCUCUAGCGUAGCUUUAGGAGAUUUGUGUAUAGCACCAGAUAAGUUCAUUGAGGACCAAGCGUCUACGGAAUUAUCCAAAGAGAUUUUGAGAUACUACACGAGCUGCGAAAGGGCCAGGGCCAACCCGUUCACGCAGAGGUUGCGCGAGGCGAAGACGACCAUCGAGAACAUGAGGGCGAAUCUGAACAGCCUGAAGCAGCCGGCCAUCUUCCUCUUCCCGAAGAAGCAGCUGGAUACUAAGUUCAGCUCGUUGAAGAACGAAGUCAACUUGGCGGAUACUUCAGUUACCAUUUUGACGACGGCGGUGGACUGCAGGGCGUUGCACGCGCACUACUUGAGGGGCUCGAGGGCGCUGUGCAACGUGGGGCUGCUGGGGCUGACGAUGAUGUUGGUGUCCGCGAUUCUGGCGGGGCUGCUACUGACAGCACUAGUGUGGGUUGAUUCGCAUACGUGGAUUUACAUCAGGAAAAGGAAGGACUACCAUCAAGUGAACGAAACCGAUCCAUACUUGCCGCCACCUCAGGCCAGCCAGGCGAUCGCCGCAAGAACGCUCCAACGCAGCCAAGGGUCGUCUUAUCCCCCUGAUACUCCUCCACCUAGCUACACGUCUGCCUUGAUGCAUAAUCGGACGCAUGCCUCAGCUCCUUUCCCGCAUGAAGCCGAUUUGUUACUAGAUGGGUGUGACAUGCGACCAUCGGAACAUCACCGAGGGGCGGCCCAUAUGUCUCAUCUCCGGGGCCACACUCUCGGCCGCCUCCCAUCCCACCACCACGAACCAGCUCUCUCAGGACCUAAUAAUGGAAAGUACGCGACUUUGAGCAAACAGUGCAAGACGCUGGAAAGCUCCGAUUUUUACUGAGAUAGGGCUGCCUGCAAGGACUUCCCAAACUUCAUAGGUUUUAAGUUCGAUCAGCAGCGUCAACCGGCGCAACAGCAAGAAACCCAACAGCGCACAGCCAACAUCCAAAAGUUCAGCUCGUUAGGGCGACGACCGUUACCGCAGACGCCUGACGAGAAGGCGCGGAAACAGCCGCCGGUACCCAAGGUACCAUCCACGAUCUCUCAGAGCGUGGAGACUCCCUUGAACCCGGCGAACUUCCGGUCGUUGCAGAGGGGCGCGUGGCAAGACAACACCACCACCUUCCAAGGUGGCAUGCAGUUCAGAUCUCUGCAAAGAGGUGCCAGCACGCAGCCGAACCACUCGCAAUUUCGCUCGGCCAAGAUACAAGAUCAGGCCCAUAACGAGGCUGUGUACGCUAACAGUGAGAGUGAACGCCAGUUGUACGCUGUUACAGAGUUGUAAUUUUCGUUUCGACUUUUUGGGAAAUGCAGGCAGUGGAAAAAUGCAAUAGAAGAGGUGUAUUUUUUCUUUUUCGUUUAAAUUGUUUUUGACGUUUUUUGAUGUUUCGUCACACGAAGAAAUUCGGCCGCCUUGAGGGCGGGUUGUAGCAAACUCAGACGACCAAGACAUCAACAGCGCUCGGGUAUAACGUCAUUAGAUAACGAUUAGUGUAUGUUAUAUGACAGAAUAUUGGGUGUAUUCUCCGUAGAAGAUCUGUGAAAUUCUAUGUCUGAGUUGUAGACGAUCUCGUUGUUACCAGUACCAUUGCACAACGUAUUCCAGUUUGAAUUACUGUGUAAAAAGUCACAUUGUAUAUAAUUUUUACGGUUGUUGUUGACCAUUUUCUCACCGCUGAUUUGAUUGUGCCAAACUCGUUCCAUUUGAAUUUCUUUCGUGGCACAAUAGCAACAACAUGGGAACAAAAGAUAACCAAAAAUCUGGAUUAACAAAAAUCUCAAUUUUUUCAAUGGUGACAAAUUUGCUCAUGAGUUCCGUGUCAGGAUAGUCGGUUUAGUGAUACUGCCAUUUCGGUGGUGCUAAGUACAAUGUCACAAUAAUAAGUCAGUUUAAUGUUAGAAGAAUUACGUAAUUAACAAAAAUAUUUUACAUAUUUAUGUCAAACUUGUAAUGGUAAAAUAGUUGUCUGUAAAUUUAGAAUUUUCUAGGAUAAUUUUUACCGACAACAGCUUCGAUUAUUGUACACAAUUUUUAUAAUCAAAUAGCUGUUUAUACUUGGGCUUUGACGGACUGUUGCUUAAGCAACCGAUUUCGUCCAGAAAACUAGUUACUUUAACUAUGUUCAAAACAAUUUUUGUACAUUAUUAUAUUCAUCGUAUAAUAAAGGAUAACUGCCAAAGAUUUCAUGAUUUGAUGCUUGUAAUAAGACUGUAAGUUUCGAAUGAGUGUUUCAUUAAAUAUUUCAUGUAACUUUAUAAUAAAUGUCAAUGUAUCUUUAUCGAGGGAUUCUCCUUAGUUUCUUUAAUCUUUUGAUAUACAUCGACACAGGCCUUCGCUUUAAUUUCAACAAUUAAUGUUAAUUUUACCGCCACUUUUAGCUUCAUUCUUUAUGUACAUUACGCCAUUUUUGUAAAGAAAUGUACCGCAUUAUUUAUUUUUACUAUAUAGAAUUAUUUUUGUGUUAUGAAUUGUAUCUAUAGUGAAGUUAUGUAAGUAAAUAUCCAUUUUCAGAA